ACUGGAACAUUCAGUCCGCUGCGAACAACCGGCGACCACACACCUGCCCACGCCAUCACCUCAGUGGCAAGCAGUCUAAUUGAUCAAAACGAAAGGAAGCAGUUUGAGAGCAGUUUGAAGACGCGUUUCAAAACUUUCUUUGGUUUUGGUUAAUCGAACGGCACGGCACAAUGACUGACUUGGAGUCUACAAAAAAUGGAAAACACCAUGAACUGGUGCACCACAACAACAAUGAUAUCACGGAGAGCGAGCCCCUCACAUGGCGCUUUUGGCGCAAGCAGCGCUACAUUGUGGUGCUGUUGGCUUUCUUUGGCUUCUUCAAUGUGUACUCGCUGCGGGUGAAUCUCUCGGUGGCGAUUGUGGCCAUGACCGAGAACCGCACGGUUAUCGAUGGCGAUGGGCAUGUGUCAUAUGAGCAGGACUUUCCCUGGGACUCCAAACAGAAGGGUCUGAUUCUCAGCUCGUUCUUCUACGGCUACAUUCUGACGCAGUUCUUGGGCGGCUACAUUGGCACCAAGAUUGGUGGCAACCUUGUCUUUGGCACUGGCAUUGGCAGUACUGCGAUCCUGACACUGCUCACGCCGCUGGCUGCUAAGCACAGUUUGGAAAUGUUCCUGGCCGUGCGCAUCAUCGAGGGCUUCUUUGAGGGCGUCACCUUCCCGGGCAUCCAUGCCGUGUGGGCCCGCUGGUCGCCGCCCCUGGAGCGUUCACGCAUGGCCUCCAUUGCCUUUGCAGGUAACUAUGCGGGCACUGUGGUAGCGAUGCCCUGUUCAGGGUACCUGGCCACUCAUUGUGGCUGGGAGAGCGUCUUCUAUGUGUUCGGAACCAUCGGCUGCAUCUGGUACCUGGUCUGGCUGCUGUUCGUGCGCGCUGGACCGGAGUUGGAUCGUUUCUGUUCGAAGGAGGAGUGCGACUAUAUCCAGAAGAGCAUUGGCUAUUCAGGCAGCAAAAACAUCAAGCAUCCAUGGAAGGCGAUCUUCACUUCGAUGCCGUUCUAUGCCAUCAUGGCAUCGCACUUCUCGGAGAACUGGGGCUUCUACACGCUGCUCACCCAAUUGCCCAGCUUCCUCAGGGAUACGCUCAACUUUGACCUGGGCAAGACGGGCAUUCUCUCGGCUGUUCCAUAUCUGGCCAUGGGCAUUCUGCUUGCCGUUUCCGGCUACCUGGCCGAUUGGCUGCAGGUGAAGGGCUAUUGGACGACCACUCAGGUGCGCCGCAACUUCAAUUGUGGCGCAUUCCUGGCUCAGACGGUGUUCAUGAUGCUCACUGCAUAUCUCCUGGAUCCCACAUGGUCGGUGGUGAGUCUCACCAUAGCCGUGGGAUUGGGUGCCUUUGCUUGGUCCGGCUUUGCGGUCAAUCAUUUGGACAUUGCUCCGCAGCAUGCCAGCGUCUUGAUGGGCAUUGGCAACACAUUCGCAACCAUUCCGGGAAUUGUCAGUCCGCUGCUGACAGGCUACGUGGUUGUCGAUCAGACCAGCGAGGAGUGGCGCAUAAUUUUCUUCAUUUCGGCGGGUAUAUAUCUGGUCGGUUGUGUCAUCUACUGGUUCUACUGCUCCGGCGAGCUGCAGGAGUGGGCCAAGACGCCCGAGCAGAAGGCCCAGGAGGCCGAGGAGAAGGCACAGCUGCAACUAACACAGACCGGAGGGUUUGUCAAUGCGGCAGCCGAGCUAAAGGACUAGUCCGCCCGGCUCCAUGUGUACCACUGAGUGAAUGCCUUCAGUUUUGGCAUCUAUCCCACGCAUUUCGAGAGCACCACAUGAAGAAUUUGUUCCCCAAGUAUUUGUUCUUUGUUACGUUUGUGUGAUGCUAGCAAUAUGCGCCCCAUUGUGUCUAUAUUUAUGUAUGUUAAUCUAUUUAGUGUAUCAGAGCACUCGCUGUGAGAGUGUCUGUGAAUAAACGAAGCAUUUUAUUACAAG